GUAAAAGUUGACUUGCAACAACUCGGUUCAGUACACUGCGUUUCUCGGUCGAGGUGGACGGUUACAUUUUAUUCGCCAUAUUGUUCUUUUUUUGAAUUUUGAUUUUAAGCGGGAAAUAUGAAGAUUGUUAUUAUAUCACUCCUUGCCAUUAGCCUACAUCUAACAAACUCGCAAAUCACAUCAGGAAUAGUCUCCGACUUCGUACGAACCAACCUAAUUGGCUACCCACUCAUUCAUGAACCGAAGACGUGGAUCUUCGACCCUGACGUGGCCUUGAAAAGACGGAAGCAGUUCGUCGACCUCCACGGGGAUAAAGGAGAGAAACUGAUCGAGAGGUUAGGUCUUGGCAUCGACGGGAAUUAUGAAGAGAGAUUAGCAGAACAGAGGAAGAGAGAUGAAGGUCAUUUAGGAGGAUUGAAUGCCCAUUUACCAUAGAUUUAGAAGAUCCUUCAACAUCCCUAGGCUAGGGAUGACGAGGGUUUAUUAGUUGACUUUAUGUCGACAUUUGAAAGGCAGUCAUAUCUCAGCGACAACCAGUACAUUUUUGAGUAAAGUGCUUUAAAGUUUUGAUUUUAAUAUGAACAUUCAUAACGAUUCAACUAUUUAUUUUAUAAAGAUAAGGUUUAAUGUUAUUAAAAUUGUCCUACACCUACAAAACUUAGAUCAAAUGACGCAGAAAAAAAUGGCGAUUCAAAAUAUUUAUAGAAUUCAUUUUCAGUAUAUUUGUCGCUUAGAUAUGAUUGCCAUUCAAUCGUCAAUAUUAUUUAUGAAAAAUAAUAAUGUGUUUGUAACGUUUUAUCGAGGACUAGCCAACAAAUUAAAGCGAUCCUUUUUUGGCAGCCUUUUUAGGAGCAAUAUUUUUGUUCAUUAGGUACCAUUGGCACGUACGUAAUACGUUUGCCAAACUUGAACUAGGCUAUGGUGGACUAUAGCCUAAAACAUCACAAUAGCAGAGGUUCCUAGCAAUGUUAUAUAUAAUAAAUAUAGUAAUAUUAAAUCUGAAAAAUGAGGCUAAAAACUACUUGUGUUGUCGCUUCCAGAAAGACUUCUUAGUAGUAAAGGUUUCUAGUAAUGAAAUGAUUUGUUAUAAUAUAAAACAGGUAAUAUUAAAUGUAAUACAAAAUGAGGCUAAAAAUAAAAAGAAACCUUAUUGGCAUGAGAAAUAGGUCGAGUUUCGCGUGUUUCGUGUAACUGUUAUGUUAGCCGGUUAACAUGACAAUGACGAAUGGGUUGGGAUUGUUUCAGGAUGACUGAGUAAUCUCUUAUCGUCGAAUAUAAUAUAGGGCGACUAAAUACAAAAGUCACCAAAUAAACAGAAAACAAAAGAGCAAAUAGUCUUGUGCUAACUGUCAGAUAACGUGUACAGUCACCCACAAAAGUAGCUUAACAAAUUCGAAAUUUAAAAUCGCCUUCAAACUUUUGUGUCCUUAUCUACAACCGUUUUUCUCCACUAAAAUAGACUAAAAGGUUAGCUUUAUUUCAUACAAAGCAAAAAUAUUUUUUAAUUGUAGUUAAACCGUAGACCUGUUUUGAAGUUUUAAAUUUGUUCAGGUACUUUUGAGGCUGAUUUUACUUGAACAUCGCGAAACGAUCCCAAACUGAGCCAAGUAAAACAAACUCCCUGCAUCUAAUCAGUAAGAAAACAGUUUGGUCAUCUCUGUUCUACUGGAAUGGGUAUUAUAUUAAUAUCUAUCAAUUUGAAUUUGUUUUGAGAAAACAAAGCAAGGGAAUUUCUGGUCUGUUGGGUAUUAUAUUAAUAUCUAUCAAUUAGAGUUUAUUUAGUUCAACGCUGUUAGUUUUAAAGCUUAUAUUUUAUCUAAAAUUCAAGAUAAAUUAAGAUUGAUUUAGAACCUUAAUUCUGAUAUAUCAGAGUCAACGUUUGCGUAAAAUGCUUAAGAGGUCAAGGUCUAAAUGCCAAAGUCGAGAGGUAUUUUGUAUACACGAUACAAAUUUGUAAUCUGGUCAAACCUGUUUGGAAAGAAAUGUAUCAUGUAUGUUCAUUUCAAAAUUAAUGUUUAUUUUGGAAUAUAUUGUAUUUGAAUACCGAUGACUACUUAAACAGUGGGUGUGUUUAUAUCUUGGCCAGGAAAAUAAAAAAUACUAUUGUCAGUACAAGAAAUUAGUUUUAUUUUACCACAUGACGAGGUUUUUUAUUAAUCUGGUUAACCCAUAUUUACUAUUUAUAGACAGUCGUUAUGUUUACCGUCAGCCUAGCGCUUUACUCGUCUUAUUUAUAAAUCUGUCCUUACAUAUAUGAUGACAUAGUUCAUUUCUAUGAACAUACAUAUAUGACGAGUUAGGGUGUCAAUCCUUCGACCGUCAUGAAACUUAUUCUACGUCUUGAAAUAAAAAUGGGGGGUCAUCCCCCCAACUCCGUACCCUGUCCAAUAAUCUAGCACUAACGACCCACAUCACGUUAUCGGCAUCACCUUGAAGUAAACACGCCUUACAUAUAUCCUACUUUCUACAUGACGACAUCAAAAUUCAGGGUUACUAAUAAAAUAGUAAAACGAUAUUUCAAUAUUUCUCUAAGUGACUGUAUAUGACAAAUUUUAUGAAGUUUAAUUAUUUAUUAGUAUAUGCUAGUAAAGUAAAUAUACAGGUGUAGCCAAAAGUAUAUUUUAGGAAAAAAAAAAUUACUUAGUUACAAAUUUUUAGGGCAAGAAAUAAAACUAUUUGUAGUUGUUUACAUUGCUAUAUUGGUAUAUGUGUAUAUGUGAUCAAAUAUACAG